AUGCUUCCGUUGGUUAAGCCGCAACUGGUCGGGCCUUGUUCAGUAUGCAAGCAAACCGAAAUCGGAACAAAACCGCAAUACAGGAAACUUCCCCUAUUGACUGCUAUUUACGUAGCUGUAUCGGAACGAGAAAUAAAUAACCUGAAUGCACCCGGCGCAUUUGCAAAUGCUGCUUUAAGCAAGGCACAUCAUCAUUCAAGACGCGAUCAAACUUAUACAAAGAGACACAGAGACAAGCUCAUCCAGGGUAGCUUGGAGAACGUUUCCAGUCAUCCCCUUGGAGAAUUGGCAGUCCACGAAUCCACAUUACGUCGGAGCCGUAGCUUGGCCAUUUCACGCGAAGACGUCUUCACCGAUUUAGAGAUAUCGAAGGCUCCAAGGAACCGACGCUCACAGCUCAUCCCUCGCGCGAAACUAAUUGAUAAAUAUUCAACCAAAGAUAGAUGUUUGCAGAGGGGAUUGAGCCAGGAGAGUCUGUACACAAACGAGCGUAAUUUAAUAAAGAGGAAAUCCAGCGUUGGAGGAGAUUACGGCGUGCCGCAGCAGAUCUUAUCAAGCGGUCCAAAGUCGCAGCUGAUAGUUGCAAACCACGUGGAGAACGAAGGAGUGGAAGAGGAGGAUGGGGAUGAAGAUCGUGCUGAAAAGGAUUUGCCGUACAUACAUAUAAAUAAUUUUCCGCAGCCUCAAGCCGUGGGGAGUGGUGGAGGUGCCGGGGAGAUCGAUAGCCUCGACUCGAACUACCAUAACAAAACAUCGCUGAACACGAUAUACGGUGUUUCCCAUGAAAAUCUUGUCUAUCCGGAUGUCGGCUUAAGCUUACCUAACUAUUAUCCCGACAGCAAAUGCGACACGGACUUAUCUUUCACAGAUAACGUGUCUGUAAACGAUACAAUAACCACACAGGAGGCGGUCAUUUCAGAUAAAAGCAACCCUCAGAUCAACGGAUUUUCUAUUAAGCAAUCCAAAAACCAUCGACAAAAGGAAAAUAUCUCAUACGACGAGAACAUUGUUCUUAGCAAGAACACUCUAUACGAUAAAAUCGCAGAAAAUAAUUAUUACGCUAAAAGCAAACCACGCACAAUACGUGGAAAUACGCCUUACCGCCAAGAAUCGGAGAGCUUUUACAACGGAAAACCCAGAAGCCUUCCAAAUUACACAUCCAACUACGAUUCGGAAUCCAGCCUCUCCGACUACGACCCUAAAUAUUACGAGCCCAUUGAGAAACUCACUUCAGAUACUAAAUCGGAGAACGCAACUGAAACAGAGAGCGACAGCAAUCAGCAAAUCUCUAAAGUUAUCAAAGAGGAUAAUGAAAAUGAGAAUAUCUUUAUAAACAAAUCAGAUUUCUCAAAUAUAGAAGCGAAUCCUAUAUAUGAUGAAAUUCCACUAGUUACCGAUAUAACACUAAUCACUAAAGAAAUAGAUCAAAUUCCCGAACAAACCGCGAAUCUAAUUCCACCUGCAAAUCCAAUUAAAACUUCUAUCCAAGUUCAAGGCAUAGAGGAGGAUUAUAUCAAGCGUGAAGUUUCAGAAAACUCGGACGAGUACAGAACCAUCGUAAACGUAAGUGACGAAAAAUCAAUCAAUAAUAACCCAGAAUCUGAAGACGGGUCGCCAAGAGAAGCCAAGAAACACAGUCACAACUAUCUUAAAGAGUUCUUGGAAACACAAAAGGGAUCCAAGAAACCGCUGCAAAACUUUUUGUCGAAAAGAAUCUCGCGCGCUUUCAACGGCGAAAGAUCCAAACCCAAAAAGGCAUCGAACUUAAUAGAUAAUCAAUAUUUUUCGUUGCCAGAUAUCACAGUCAGUAAGAACUUGCAGAAGUGUGAAAAAAUUGAUAGAAAAUUACGCAAAUGCGAUUCCAAGCAAAAUAAAAACAUUCCAGAACCAUCGACUACAACAAACAGAUUUAUAGUAAAUAUCGGAAAUCACUUCGACGUAACAGCACACUCUUCUAUACCAGUCGACUUUGAACUGAAAAUUUCUAAAAUACCCAAGUCGCAAAAAUCUAAGAAACACAAAUCCACGACUGAAGACCGCGAAAAAUCUUUUCUAGAUGCUGUCAAGAAUCUAAAACAAACAUUGAAACCCGAAUCCAAGAUAAAUAAAAUUACAGUUAACGGUGAAGACAUCACCGAUCUGGAUUGUUUUCAACGAGAUAAAGAAGUAGAAGUAUUAAUCGAAGACAAAAUGAGCGAAAAAAAGGAAAUCACAAAGGAAUACCAGGAAAAGAUCCAUACUAUGCGUAAUUAUUGGGGAAACAUAGUAAAUGAUCAACCUAAAGCAGAAAAGAGUGAUUUAACAAAAGAAGAAACUGAACAACAUAAAUGUAAAAUUGUUGGGGUCCAAACUAAAGUGGAAGAAGUAAAGAAGAAGUUCGAGAAAGUUGAAGAAGCUUCAGAGAAACCGAGCAUUGUGCAAACGGCCAAACAGAUCUUCGAAAAAAAGCCCACGAGAAAAGCGAAAGAUUGUCGCGGGUUGUUAGAAAAUCCUUUUUUUGAAAAUCAGCUCGAAAGUUUGAGUUCAAACGUGGUCGAAAUAAUAGAGAAACCCAAACAUCACAAACCUGUCGUGAAAUCGAAGAGCAUCACAUCUGAACCGGAAUUUGAUCAUGUAAGAUAUAGAGUAAUGAAAUCUGAUUUAUUUCAAAAGAAAAUCUUCGCCAAUUGCGAAAAGGAAUCACAAUUCGAUGGGCUUAUGCAAUACUUACAGGAUUACUCUUUUCAGGAGUUAUUGAUUGAUAAUAAUAUUGUUAUUAUUGAGCCUAUACGAACUAAUGUGCAAUAUAUUGGGCCAAAAAAAUGUAAAACUACAAGAAACAUGACGCAAUUCGUGCGUAAAUCAAGUAAAGAUGAUGGGGUAGACAAAAAUGGAAUGAAAAGGCAUUUCUUCUAUCACCCUAUAAGGGUCAAUAGGGAAGUCAAUGACGAUGAACUUCCUAAUCCGGACACAGUAAAGCAAGUAAGACAAUUAUUUGAGGGUGGAUUAACUCGUUCUCAGAGCUCAAAGAAUCUAGACAUGAUGGGUACACAGCAAUACACACAAAUAGAUCCAGAUAAAGAUCGUUGUUCAGCCACAGAUUCUAAUCCUUCUGAACUGGGAAGCAACGAAAACCUUUACGAAACGUUAGAUAACGAUUUAUGCUGUGAUCAAUAUGUCAGCGAAGAUAUUAUGGAAAAAAUUCGCGAGUGUGGAACAUCUAUAACGUACUACGGAGGGCGAGUGCUGAAUAAGAGAUCGGGGAAGUGCGAUUCCAUGACUAAAGCUAUAAUGGAUGAAAUACAAAACCAGAAAAGGCACAGUGAGUGCAACUGUCGUAAAAAUUCAACGGGCAAAAGCGUUACUUUUAUAGAUAACAACAAAGCACAGGACAACAAUGACACAUAUCAAGGCAUCAAAUUUAAACUUCUCAAGUCCAACAGCUGCAGCAGUCGUUUGGAAUUAGUGGGUACGAAGAAUCUCGCUGAAUACCGGAAUAAAUUCAUAAGCAAGCAAAAGCAAUUAAUCGAGCAGCACAACUUGAAAAAGCAGAAUGAAGAAAAAAUAGAGGAUACGAAAAACGAGGCCCAUAAAUCGCCUACGACCAAAGAGAAAAACGUGAUUAAUGAGAGCAUUAAAGAGAACAUUAACAAAUCACCGAAAAUAAUCGGUGAAGAGAUGAAGACGACAAAAAAGUUAAUUCAAUGGGGCGAGAUGAACGUCGAUGGAAGAACAUACACGGGCAUCAAUUUCACCAAGAACACCGCUCCUCCAAAACCCAACUACGAUUACCACAACUAUGUCAUACCAAAAACCAAGAAGCUCGACGAGAUGGAGUUUGAACCCUAUGAAAUAGCCUAAAAUACAACGAUUUUACUAUACUACUAUAUUUACAUUUUAAUUAACUAGUCUUUAAUGUUUCGUAAACUGUUAAAAUGGGAUAAAUAGGUUUCCUAUCAUAGUGUACAUAAUAACAAUAAUAAUUUUGGCUUGCUAGCAAUUAUAUAAUUAGCUUACAAAUAAAUGCAAUGUAUAAACAUAAUAUAACUAAAUAUAUUUAUAUAAAAUACACCGGUACCAAUCCAUAUGUCCCGCAUUCAGUUUGUAACAAAUAUUAUUUAAUGUGCUUUGUAAAUUAUAUUGAAUUCCUUUAAUAAAUAACAUUUUAGCUACAAAAUAAACUUUUCUAUAAACGUUUUUCUCUGUAAAAUACAUUUCAGUAAACACCACAUUUAAUGCAUGUAUCCUCAAUAUAAAUAACAAUGAAAAUAACAACACAAUAAA